ACACUACUAUAUAACAAAUAAUUUGAGUUAUGGCAGUUUCGCGAGUGUCCAUGUCCUUAUCACCGGAGAACAUACAGCUACACACAGCAGCGGACAGAAGCAAAACAGCCGACAACCGAACAGACAAUUCCAUCCAACAUUCCCUCAAUCAAACAAAUCACCAUCCUCACCAGUUCCAGAUACCCGACACUGUCCACAGCUUCAUAGAGAAGUUUGUAGAGUCGGAUGACCAGUACGAGGAUUUACCAACAGAGAACAGUAUGGUACACGUAGCAGCUGGGUGUACAGCCGGUAUCGCUGAACACUGUGCCAUGUACCCUGUCGAUCUCAUCAAGACUCGUAUGAUGGCAGUCACCACGCCGAUAGAAAUGCGCUACACUUCAAUGCUCAACGCGUUCCGGUCCAUCCUGGCAACUGAGGGUAUGCGGAGUUUGUGGCGCGGGAUGCCCGUGGUGUUUACCUGUGCGGGACCUGCUCACGGAGCUUACUUCGCUUCUUACGAGGCUUCCAAGAGAUAUAUGGGCACUAAGUUGGGACGGAAUAACAUGAUGGGACACAUGAUUGCUGGCGGAGGAGCCUCGCUUGUUCACGAUGCAGUUAUGACCCCAGUUGAUGCCGUUAAGCAGAGGAUGCAGAAGUUAAAGUCAACCUACAAGUCGAGCUGGCAGUGUUCCAAGUCGAUGUGGAAGGAUGAGGGUGUCCGUUCGUUUUACAGAUCGUACGGUACGCAGAUUUGUAUGAAUGUACCUCAGCAGUGCGUACAUUUCAUGGCGUACGAGCGGAUAAAGCGAUACCUCAAUCCUAGCAACGAAUACAGACCACUGAUACACAUUGUAAGCGGGGGGAUGGCUGGUGGCUUAGCUGCUGUUAUCACCACACCACUGGACGUGUGUAAAACCCUUCUCAACACCCAACCCACGAUAUCGGACACCAAACAACCGGCCAUAAGAGGAUUAACAAACGGUCUAACGACGAUAUACCGUGUGGCCGGUCCUACCGGUUAUUUCAAGGGCUGGGCUCCCCGAGUGUUAACAAUCGCACCCUCAACCGCCAUAUGUUGGUGGAUUUAUGAAAUGUUCAAGUUUAGCUUGUCUGAUAAUUAAUAUUUUAAGUAUGUUAACUUAGUUUUUUUGUAGAUUUUGUAGUAUUUGAAGUAUAAGAAUAUAUCCGACCCGGGAUCAAGUCUGUUCUCUUGAUCAGUUCAGUGAGCCUGUCCUGAUUACAGUGCCUUGAUUCUGGUUUAUCUUAUUACAAUAAUAGUACCUGAUAAUAAGUCCUCGUUGGUGUAGCUUGUUCUUGAAGAUAUGGUGUUCUGAUAUGGAGGCAGCUCAUUUAACCGCUGUGAUUUAAUUUAUGAGUUGAAGGAAUUGCUGGGAAGUGGCCAUAAUUUCGUAAUUCUUUGGAACUGAAUUUAUAUGAAGAUAAGCCUGACCUACCGAUAAGAAUUUUGGUAUAGAUAAAACCUAGGCCCACUUUAAACUCGCUGCAUUAUCACGCACCAAAUCAUAACCUUGAAAAGUCCUGUUUCGUUCUAUUCGGCGCCACCUUUCCUAAAUCAAAAGGAAAUCAAAUCAAAUCACACGUCAUCAUAAAUAUUCCUAUAAAGAUUAAUAAACUAUAAACUAAAAUGCUAGGUAAAAAGACCCAAUUAAAAAUGCCUUCCACUACUAUUAUAUAAUAUAAGUUAAUAAAAUAUUAUCUAGGAACGUGAGGAUUAAACUUAAAAUAUUCAAUACGUGUAGUGCUUCCCAGGAAUUCCCAUUAAUGAGAGAUUUUUGAGUCAUGAGGUAAUCUCGAUCUAGAAUGAUUAAAUUAUUUCUUUAAAGAUAUAUACUUGCUCAACCUGGUCAGAUAUCCUAUAAAUAGGUUUUAAAAAUGUUACACGUAUUUUAGGACAAGAUCGAGAUUGUCUCAAUUGUACUAUGUACAAAUUAACCAACGACACAUUUUAGGAGAAGCUUCCUAGUUAGUUGAUUCGUGACAUGUUUUACACUGAGUUCAGCUAGUCCCAGAGUGGACUGCUACUGAUAACGCAACAAGCACCUUAUUUUUAAUUUAUUGCAUCUUAUUUCAAGUUAGUUAAACUUUGUUAUUUACUCCGCCUUAAACGAACAAACCAUUUAUAUUAAGUAGAUUGUUCGUGCUAAAACGGUGCUUGUUGCUGGUGAAAUGUUUCACAUAAGAGUCAACAGGAGCAAAAUCACGACAUUAUAUUUCUUUAGUUAGACUAGGGAUAUUAAAAAUUAUGGAACUAUUUUUGUGAACAUUGUUCACUGAACAAAGUGUUGUGAUUCUGUUCUACGGAAUGCAAAUGUAUGGGUAAAUUAUGGAAUUUUUAUAUCAUAUAUAUUUAUUGAUGUGAGAUGAAUUGCUAAGAUUGAGUGUAAUUUGGUUGAUGUUUUUUGUAGUCAGAAUUAGCUGCAACAGUCGGUCGCCAUAAAACCAGCAAGCCAACGUAAUUUCUAAUUAAGUUUCCACUUACACCGGCAAAUUAACAACACGCUAUGUAUUUAUAUAAGCCGACCGACUGUUCGCAAUUGAAAGGAUUGAUUUUACUGACCUAGAGGAAUAGAAUCGUGCUUACUUACUGUGACACCUUUAUCUUGAUUAAAGCACUGAUUUUUUCGUUCACAAACGAAUUUGUAUGGAAAUAGGUUUUAAGUAAUUGAUAUUAAAUAGCCCCUAGUUAUGCUUAAUUUAUGAAGAAGAAGCUGCUGUGUGUAUGAAAUGAUGCACUGCCGGUGAAGAGAAUGAGUUAUAUAAUAUGGGGAACUCCUGCGUAAUGGAGUCCACUUGCCAAUUCUACCGGCAAACAGUGGGUCCGGUGACCCUCACUUAGUGGACUACUUAACACAGCUGUAUUCCCUUGCAGUAGAAUAACACCGGGAAAUAUCGUCGUCAGUUCUUAACUUUUGGACCUACUAUCAGGACCUUUAACCUAGUUUCAGAAGACAGGACGACAUAAUUCUCCCACCCCUAUUUCUGGUAUUCGAGCCUCUGCUUUGACCAUUGGAGCUUGCUGCUGCCAGUUGUUUAAACGUGAUAAAUCAGCGACAUCAGAUUUGUCUAUUAUUGGAAAUAAAGGACCUAAAGGCCAUCUAUCUGGUCUCCAGAACAUGAUUUGAAUAACAAUGUUUAACCAAAAGUUCUGUAUUAUUUCCUUUUACAUCAGGUUUCUGAUGAAUUCGCGUAA